CUGUUAUGCUCUUAGUAGGAUACAGCAGGCUAAGCCAGUGGCAUUGCUAGCUUCUGUAUCCUGUCUGCCUGGUACCAAAGAUGGUCUCAGUCAGCUUACUGAAAAUAGGCCUGGGUUGGGGAAAGGUAGGAGUGAGCCCAGUGAAGGCAGCAUUGAGCCUGAUCUUUUUGCACCUUUCUGGAUGAAGGGGUUAGUGGCCACCUCGGAGUCAGAGACAUUGGUCCCGAUUCGUAUCAUAAGAGAUACAGCAGCCGCUCAAUCUUUGUUGGUGGAGGGAGUACUGCCCCUCUCUGAAGAAACCUCUCCCGGUGAAAAUGCUUUAGUGCGGGGGUGUGGACUGGCUUGGUUUGAAGCCCCAUUGCAUGAUGUUUAUUUACAGUCUGGCUUGGUUACAGGCCUUGUGACGGUGGCAAUUCGCCCUGAACUUCCUUUAGAAGGUGUGGACAUGAUUCUGGGUAAUGAUUUGGCUGGUGGGGAGGUGUUCCCUAAGCCCAUUGUUGUUAACAACCCAGUUGGCUCUAGGGGUGUUAACCAAGGUGAUCCGUUAUCUCCGAUGCCAAAAGUGUUUCCUGUUUGUGUUGGGACUCGCGCUCAGUCAAGGAAGGUUGAGGACCUUUCAGACACGUUUAUUGUUCCUUGUGAAGAAACUGUCGAGAUUGUGUCUGCUGGUCCCUCUGCCACUUCUGAGUCAACUGUAGCUAAGCAGUCCACUGAUUCCAUUGUAGGUGAGACUAUUGAGGUUACAUUGUUCCACCCUGUCACCUUGGCUGAUGAGUCUGAGACUCAGUUAAAGGUUGGCAGGGAGCAGCUGAUAGAGGCUCAGAAGGCAGAUUCUUCCUUGACUAAAGGCUAGAUUCCACCGGAGGCGUACGCGCCGCGGUCACGCUGCUGAUCGCUUCCACUAUAAUCAAUGAGACCAUUUCCACCGGGCGCGCCGCGGAACGUUUCAGCAGCGUCCCAGGAGCGGCGUGCCGCUCCACGGCGCUAUCUUUCCGUCCAAUUCUAUUUUUGCCGCGAGCCGCUGCUAAACCGCGUCAAUUUCGACAGAGCAGGUCGAGCCGGGCAGGAAGUGAAAAGUAAAAGCCAUAGAGCAUCCGGUCAAUUUUCAAAAUAAAACACAAUACUCAGCUCAUGUAACUUCACAUCAACAUUAUUACGUCAUGACCGGUGGGUCUCAGAGGGUCGGCAACAUUGACGACGAGAGACCCAUCGUCGAAGUUCAGCAACAUGAAGUCAUUUAUGUACCAAAUCAUCCUUUUUAUAAGGAAAAUGUCAGAAAGGACAAAGCGUGGCAUUUAAUUGCAAUAGUUUUGGGAGUGGAAGGUGAGUACAUUAGGUUUAGAAUUAUCGCGUGAUCUCGUGAUCUCGCGUGAAUACUGGCUGGCUGGCUGGCUCGCAAGGCAGCGCUACGCUGCCGUUACGCGCCCGGUAGGAAUGGACGCAGGGCAGAGGACGCAGCCGUUCCGCGGCGCGUACGCGUCCGGUGGGAUCCCGGUGUAAGAGUGUAGCAGCAGCAUUGCCUAAAGAUGAGAUUGGUGCCUCUGGUGGUUUACUACUGGGAAGAUGGUAUUCUCAUGCGUAAGUGGGCUCCUUCAGCUGAUGAUAGUGGGUGUAAUACUGUAUAUCAGAUUGUUGUCCCUGCUGGUUACCGUGAACAGAUAUUGAGCUUAGCUCAUGAUAGUGUUUUGUCUGGUCAUCUAGGGGUAGCUAAAACUUACUAUCGUAUAUUAAAACAUUUCUUCUGGCCUGGUUUAAAAAGAGAUGUUUCAAGACACUGCCACUCGUGUCAUACAUGUCAGGUGGUUGGGAAACCAAACCAAGUGAUUCCACCGGCUCCACUUCAUCCCAUCCCUGUGAUGGGGGAGCCAUUUGAGUUGCCGUUACCGAAGUCAAAAUCUGGUCAUCAGUAUCUCCUAAAUUCCGUUUGUGACGUUUAAUUUGGAGGUUGAUGCAAGUGGGACUGGUGCUGGUGCUGUCCUGCUGCAGGAAGAUUCUUCUGGUAUCGAUCAUCCUGUUAGCUAUUGCUAUUUGCCCUAGAAUGUUAAUGCUGACAGCAUGGCUGUCAUCUUAAGGGAGGGGGUGUUACGUGUCAAUAUUUAUUUGUCUGUCCCGAUGUACGUGUCUGCCAUGUCUCUUUAAGUUACAGCCUCCUGAGUGGUGAUUGCGGGCACCUGCUUGAAGCUGUGGGUGCAGCCUAUAAAAGUGGAUCCUCCCUCCGGCUCUCGCUCUCAACUUCCUGACAGGAUCCCAGCCUUUGUUUGUGUUGUACUUCUUCUUGGUUGUAAAUAAACACCUUUUUGCAUCAUACUUAGUAUGGUGUCCGUCUAUGUGUUGUGGCCUUGAGCCGGUCGUAACAGUCGGGGUGAUUGACGAGAAGCAUGUCAGAGUCAGAGCUCCAGUACGAUCGGGAAGUGACUUCCAUAAUUACAAAGUUUUUUUUUUCAAUUGCCCUCAUGGCUGCUGCUGAUGCCAACUAUAGGUUUAUUUAUGUAGAUGUUGGCGCAUACGGGCGUGAGAGCGAUGGAGGUGUCUUGGGUCGCAGUGCCUUUGGAUCCAGACUGGCAGAGGGCGACCUCAAUCUACCCGCCCCUGCUGUCCUACCAGGCACCACAACGCCCAGUCCUUUUUUUUUCCUGGGGGAUGAGGCCUUUCCCCUACAGGUGAACCUGAUGCGUCCCUAUCCAGGUACUAACCUGCAGGAUAGGAAGCGCAUAUGCAACUACCGACAGGCCAGGGCGAGACGCGUAGUGGAGAAUCCCUUUGGCAUAUUGGCUGCGCGCUUCCAAAUUUUUGGCCGUCCAAUUGACUGCCAACCUGAAAAGGCGGUGAAGAUUGUGAAGGCGUGCGUGGCUCUACACAACUUCCUGGCAUCCACCGAACGAGCCAGAUGCAUGCCCGCCUCCUUUGUGGAUACGACCGCUGACACCGGAGAGGUCCAGCCUGGAGAGUGGAGGCAGCAUGUUGAGGGGGACCGGAAUAUGGUCGACGGACCACGGUGUUCGGUCGGCAGAGCCAGACCAUCUCAGAGAGCGGUUCCUGUCAGGGAGCUGCUGGCAGAUUAUUUUUUGUCAGAUGUUGCCGUGUUUCCCCCCCAGUACAAUGUGCUAGGAUUGGGUAUGCGCACUGACCAAUAAAUGUAUAUACAUUGGUCACUUGGAAGCACGACUUUUGAUUUAUUAGUUAUCACAUUACACAAGUUAACUAAUUUGGUUUACGUCAAACUCAUUAAUUCAUAUCCAUAUAAAAUGUUUAUACAACGAGCUACUGCCUUGACAGAUGAAUGAAUUAUUUAAGUGUAGGCCUAUAGCCAAAGCUAUAGCGCAUAAUGUCCACAGAAAUUAUAUGGUAGGAAACAUUUGAGAAAAGGGGUUUAUUUAUCAAAUACAGAAACUUGACCCACCAUACACGCACACGUUUUUCAUUCACUCAAGCUUUCAAAUUUCAUUCACUCAAAGAGGCUACUGAACUUAUGUUUCACACAGAACAUGAACACUUAUGUUUCACACAGAACGUGAACACAAAACAUUACGUAAUUAAUUCAAACACUAAAACAAAUAAGGCCAGUAAUAGAACGAAUAUCGGGCGACAAGAAGAUCAUUAAAAUGGCUCAUAAUCAUGCAUCAGCUGUUUGAUGUCGCGCACCAAAUAGCACUUUGCCCUUGUGGAAGGGUUCGCAUAAAUUGGCACAGGUAAUUAGUAAGAGACGUGAAUGUCAUUCUUAUCACGUUCCCUCAUCCUCUCUCUCUCCCGCUCUUCCACCCUUUCUCUCGCCUUCUCCAUCUCCUCUCUUUCCUGCCGAAUUUCCUGCAGCCUAUCGAGGAGGGCAGUCUCGCAUGGAUCCAUAUUCGGCCUGACUCUUUUUCUCUUUCUUUUACCUCCACAGGAGGCUGAUGAUGUCGGGGUAGGGGGAUGAGAUGGUGGGGUAACUGACUGAGAAACUGUCGAAGCCACUGCAGUCGGGGUGGUGGGAGGGUGGGGUGGAAGAAGGGAAGAGGUAGAGGUAGAAGCCAUCAGAGUGGUGGGAGGGUGAGAUGUGGAAGAGGUAGAGGUUAGAGGGUUAGAUAGAAGUUGAAAUUGGGAUAGGGAUGAGGCGGGGUUGAGGGUUGACAGAGGUGCCUGAUCUGCCUGAUAAACCUGCAAAUUAGGCCUAGGCCUUUCCUCCUCCUCAUCAUCGUCUCCCUUGCCUGCCUACAGAAAGACACCUGUUUUCAAACAUCCUGACCAAGUGAAUAGCCUACCAUUUCAAAAUACAUUGAAAACAUAGUCUCUCUCUUUCUCUCCACACACACACACACACACACACGUUGAUCAUGCCUACAUACCGGAAAAUUAGACUCUGUUAACAUGUGCCUGAUGAACUCGCUCAACCAGCUAAGUUGGGUCACGACUUUUGGAUAGCCGAACGUUAUUUGCCCUGCACCACUACUGCACGCUACCUCCCACUUUUUAUGCGCUCUUCCGUAUUUGUCCCGGACAGCUUUCCAGUUCGUUUUCACUUUAACAACAGAUUUUCCCAUUGCACUUGCAACCUCCCUCCAUGCAUUCUCCAAAGCAAUCUUGUUGGAAUGUAAUAGUGAAGAAGUAUCAUAUAAAUGCUUAUAUAAUCGUAUUUGCUCGCACAGUUCUUCCUCUUCGCCCGCCAUUUUAUUAAAAUUUUCUUCUGUGAUUAUAACCUAUAGUUGAAAUAAUAAUGUAUCAAAAAUUAGGACGACGCAUUUUGCUAAGAGUCAUCACAUCGGGGGCAGUUGCAGUGGGCGCAGCAGGGGCCGGAGCAGGGAGAUGAGGGAGGGAGGAUCCCUUCCUGCUUCUGGUGAG